AUGAGCAACGUCGCGACCAAGUCAAACACAAAUCUGGCCGGGAACAAGAGACGCAGUCUCUCCGGUCAGGGAGGUCUGCUGAACAGGAUGUUCGGCAGCUCCAACAACGGCAGCAAGGAAGCGAUUGACACGUCUGCCCCUGCGGCCGGAGAUGGCCCCAUGGCCGAGUCGCCUAACAGUCCGAACCUCACCAACCACAUCAGCGCUAUCCAAGAGAACAAGGACGAAGGCGAGGACGAAGUCGCCAGCGAUCUCAGAAGUCCCGCGCGCAAGUCGGCUGAUGACGGUCCUCAAACCGAGAAGAAGAGAAGAAGCAGUGGUGUGGGCCGAGCGCGUGAUCUCUUCAGCAGCGCGAAGCAGUCACUGUCCAACCUCAGCAGCUCGCCGGAACACAAAGCCGCUGGAGGCAACCAGACUCCAAUGCAGAAGCUAGGAAGGUCGGAUCCCGCGCUCAACGUGCCACAGGGCUCCCGGAACAACUCGGCUGGAGAGUCAAAUCCAGGUCCCAGAUCGACUUUCCGUGUCGGCGUGACCGAGGACAAGAACAAGAAAUGCCGGCGUACGAUGGAAGACACUCAUGCAUACCUCUACAACUUCUUGAGCACGCCAGCACCUUCACUCAGUGCGGGAACGCCAUCCAAGAAGCGGAACUCUCUUUCGCUCACCGAGUCCCAGUCCCGUGACUCCACCAUGUCGGAUGCCAGUCUGAGCACCAAGACCAGCACGGACAAGGACGUCAUGGAGACGGACAAUGGAUACUUCGCAAUCUUUGACGGCCACGCGGGCACCUUUGCAGCAGAGUGGUGCGGUAAGAAGGUACACCUCUUGUUGGAAGAGGUCAUCCGCAAGAACCCCAACACGCCGAUUCCAGAGCUGCUUGACAUGACAUUCACAUCUGUUGACCAGCAGCUGGAAAAGCUUCCCUUGAAGAACAGCGGGUGUACCGCAGUGACUGCAGUGCUUCGCUGGGAAGACAGGAUACCGAACACCAACUCUGCCACGGGCUCUACGUCGAUUGCUCCAGCGGCGGCUGCGGCCCAGUCUCAGAAAUCAGAGACGAAGCCAGAAGCUCAAGGUAACGCAGAGUCGCUCAACGUGGAGUCCAAGCUAAGAGAGUCAGCGUCGCGCCAGCGUGUGCUCUACACCGCCAAUGUUGGCGAUGCUCGCAUUGUCUUGUGCCGCAAUGGUAAGGCUUUGCGCCUGUCAUACGACCACAAAGGUAGCGAUGAGAACGAAGGCAAGCGUAUUGCGGGCGCUGGAGGUCUGAUCCUGAACAACCGAGUCAACGGCGUUCUAGCGGUUACUCGCGCAUUGGGCGACGCAUACAUGAAGGACCUGGUCACCGGACAUCCCUACACCACCGAAACCGUCAUCCAGCCAGAUAUUGACGAGUUUCUCAUUCUGGCAUGCGAUGGAGUAAGUUUCAAACAAAGGAUGAUUUCUCAAUCAACUACUAACAGAAUCCACGCAGCUUUGGGACGUCUGUUCAGAUCAAGAGGCCGUCGACCUCGUGCGGAACAUUCAGGACCCGCAGGCAGCAUCGAAGGCUCUGGUGGACCAUGCUUUGGCCCGAUUCUCGACCGACAACCUCUCGUGCAUGAUCGUCCGCUUUGACAACAAGGCAUUGCAGCAAACGCAGCAAGGAACAGAUAACCUUAUCGGCGUCGAAGGCGAUCCGUCUACGAAAGCUGGCGGCAUCAGCGAAGCCGAGGCCAUUGUUAGCGAGACGAAGAAACAUAUCGACGGGGGUGGCGAGCCGGCCGGUCUGUCGCGUCCCAUGACGGGUGAGGUCAUGGAGGAGGUGGAAGCGAACCAGGAAGCGGGCCCAGAACUGAACGCGGCGGCGCUGGAAGCAGCUCGGAAAGACCAUAAACCCAAGGUUGCGGAGGAGGCACCGCCGGGACAGUGA